GAGAUGCAAACCUGAUUGAGACGCUGAAGUCAAAGGAACAGGAUCUCUCAGGUGCAGAAGCACGCAUAACAGAAUUGGAAAGUAAAAAUGCCAAGCUUCAAAACAGUGUGAAGGAAGUAGAUAGCAAAACACAACAGAUAUCUUCUGAAAUGCAGAAGGUGAAAGAAGAAAAGCUUUGUUAACGAACGAACUACAAAACACGAAGACGCAGCUCCAAGACUCAAUAGCCAAAAUUGCAGCUUUUGAGAGCCAGAUCAUGGUGGUGGAAGGCCAACUGAAGGCAAGCUCUGAAGAAGUAAAUCAGAUCAGAGAACAGCUGGAUGCCAAGGUUGCCUCCCACCAAAUAACAGUAGAGCAACUGGAGCAGAGUGUUGCUCGUGCCAGACAGGAGGUCGCAGCUCUUACUACUCAGCUUAGUCAGGUGCAGCGGGAAAGAGUCAGCUAUCAGACGCAAGCAGUGGAAUUGCGUACAGCCUUACACACAGCUUUGGGGCAACUCAAAAUUCAGAAAGCAGAGAGAGAAGCCCAGGAAGCUGAAGAAUCAACCAUUAGCUCAGAGGCGGGGGUGAUCCCCUCCCCCUCCCCUCUGGACCUCACGUCUCUCACUCAGCUUAUGGAAAGAUCUGCCCGUCCGCCCCGAUCCACAUUGCCGCUCACUAGUCUAGAGACUUGCCUUUCCUCCCUCAAGCAGGAAGUGGCUAUACUUCAGACACAGUUGCAUAACAAACAAGAGGCUUUAGCCAGAGAAUCCAUGUUGGAUACAGCAGAUGAUCCUGUAGAAGAAGGCAAAGAACCAGUCCCAGUGCAGAAACCGGUAGAUGACACUAACCAGUCCAAAGUACAUGAUGUAUAGAAGCUAGCUGUGCUUGAUAGUUGUGCUAGGGAUUUAUAGUAGCACAUGGUGCAGGGAUAUUUUAAUUGGUCUGUGAUAAUAGAGGUCAUGAUAUUCAGUUUUUAGAGCAGUUAUUCAAGGUAGAAUAGAAAAUGCUCUUCAAUGUGAAUAUGAUAGUCUCUUACUUUUCAUAAUUUCAGUUGUUAAUAUUGGAAAUUAUAGACAUAUAUGGUUGUUAUAGAGUGCUGCAUAUUGUGGUGCAAACUGGAGGUUUAAUUUCAUAAUUAUACAUGAUAACUGUUGGUUGAAUAUGCAUAUAAUUCAGUAUAUUCAUGUUUACUUUUAACCAUUUCAGUGUAAGUAUAGGUUGGUUUUACUUAUAUGACUUUUUUGUUGAAACUUAUCUACAUAAAAGAAUAUAUACAUUUAAUAUUUAUACAUAUAUGCAAAUUGGUUAGUAUGUAAAGAAAUCUUUAUUAUUCUAAGAAAAUUUUAUUCUAAGCUAAAGACAAACCAAGUAUCUAUUUUGGAAUGCAAUUUUUUAUCCUCAUUUGGAUUUGAAUAAAAAAAAAAUUGUCUGCAGAUUACUGUAUAAAGAUUUAAAGUUUCUGCUCUAUAUUGAUAAAAGUAGAUUCUUGUAUCCAUAGAAAUUAUGUUUGUAGAUGAUUAUGUAUGAUAUUCCUUUUGCCAAUUCUACCUUUAUUUCCCAUAGCUUUGAAUUUAUUGAUAGUCUUGUUCUCUGACCUGUGCUCAAUGGAAAAAUGUAAAUGAAAAUCAAAUCUUUAUAAAAAAAAAAAAAAAAAAUGGAAUAUGGACUAGUGUAAGAGACUGAAUGAUACUGUGCUCACACACUUCAUGAUGAUGUAACCAUGAAUUCCAUUUUGUAGUGAUUGUGAUAGAAUUAUGCCAAAUGUAUGUUGUAUUGUCUUCCCUGAGGUACCUGGAACAGGGAAUAAUGGUGAAAGUUGAUAACAUUUGUAUUCUUAUUCAUGUUGAUUGUUGUAAUUAUUAUUAUUAUUAUUAUUAUUAUUAUUAUUAUUAUUACUACUACUACUACUACUACUACUACUACUACUACUACUACUACUACUACUACUAUUAUUAUUAUUAUUAUUAUUAUUAUUAUUAUUAUUAUUAUUAUUACUACUACUACUACUACUACUACUACUACUACUACUACUACUACUACUACUACUACUACUACUACUACUACUACUACUACUACUUCUACUACUACUACUACUAUUUUUAUUAUAUAAAGAUAUUUUUUCAUGAUUAUGAUCAUCAUCUUUAUCAUCAUCACCAUCCAUUGCCAUUAUUAAGCUCAUUAUUAUUAUUGAUAAUGUUGUUAAUAUCAUUAUACAUUAUUAUUACAUUAUGAUUAUAUAUUAUUACAUUAUAAUUAUAUUAUUAUAUUAUUAUUGCAAGGGAAGUACUAUUACUUACUGCAACUUUUUGAAAUGUUGACUCUAGCUGGAUGAAUUGUAUGAUGUCAAUCACACCUAUGAAAUACCAGGUAUCGAUUAUUAUCACCACGUAACAGGGCGCAUGUCUAUAGUAGUUUUAGGAGUCUUCCAGGGCACAUAGCUUCCCACUCAGACUUAAAACCCAAGGGAUACACAGACCUCCCAAAGAAACAAUGCUGGCAUUGUUGAAACAAUUGGUAUUUCUUAACUUUUUCCUUUCCCUCCCUUUCCCUCUCUAUAAUUUGCCCUUUCCCAGCAUGUAAAGGUUGUUUAGACACUUGUGAUUAUUUCCUUGUGAUUGUUUUCCAUACAGGUUAUGUUGGCAUUGUAGUAGAUGAUAGGAUAGGUUAGUUUUUUUUUCAUAUUAAGGCAGCUUUUUUCGUAUUUUAUUUUUUUUUAUUAUUAUUAUUUUUUUUAGAUUAUUUCCUUCCUUCCAAGUUACAGAUAUUACUGUAUGACAGAAGAGAGACUGAUUGAAUAAGAGAGUGUGUUUUUGUGUGUUUGUUUGUGUGUGCCUGCUUGCAUGUAUGUAAAAUCUUAAUACUUACAUAUAUGGUUGUAAGAUGUAUGGGCUAAUAUGAUCUUUGUAUAUCAUCCAUCAUAUAUAUAUAUAUAUAUAUAUAUAUAUAUAUAUAUAUAUAUAUAUAUAUAUAUAUAUAUAUAUAUAUAUAUAUAUAUAUAUAUAUACAUACACCUGAGAUCUUUUAAAAACUUCUCACUCCAUUUUGCCCUGCUUGUGGCUACUGCAGUCCUUUUCAUUCCUAUGACAUUUUUUUUACAUUUAACUUUGUAAAUAAACUUGCAAAGGUAGGGAGGCAUAUACAUAGGGGAGGGGGUUUUGGGGAUUUCGGAAUAUGCAAUAGUUAUUAUGAAUAUGCAAGUCCCCUAACUUGUCUGGAAUGUUUGCCUAUUUUUUCUAUAUCAGACAUCAUCUCAUUUUGGUACAUAUGUAAAUUGUUAGCAACAUAGCAUUAGGGGUAGGAAACAUUCAGGUUGUGUAUUAAGAAAUCUGAAAGUGAGAAAGCAGAUUACUGGUCCAGAGAAGACAGUAUUUAUAUAACCAUAUUUAACUUUUAUGUGAAGUCAAAACUUCUCGGGGUUGGUUCUUCUUUUUUCCUCUCUCUGAAUAUGAAGUUAAAACUUCAAUUCAAAUCUCUGAUUUUUUUUGUAAGAGAAAUGUUUUCUUGGUGAGCUGUGCAUAUACAAGUUAAAGGCCCAGUUAAACUACUUCAUUGUUGUCCAUAUCGAAUAUUGAUAUAGCAGUUUAUUAAUCAAUAAUGGAAGAUUAUUUAUGUGACUUUGUACAACUGUGCUUCUUUUUCUUACCUAUAAUCAUCAUACUGAGAAUAUAUCUUUUCAAACCUAAAUUUUAGACUGCCGCCAGGUGCUCCUAAAUAAAACUGUCAGACGUUUCAUUUUAUAUUACAGAGCAAAUUCUGUAUUGUGUAUUGUAGUUCAUCUUUUACCCAGUGGAAGUUGUAUUACUGUUGUCAUUAUGGAGGAAGUCAUUAAGGAAUUAUAAUGUACUAUUUUAUGUGUGAAGUAUCUUUGUCUGUUUUACUUAUUUAUAUAUGUUUUAUUGUAAAAUUAUUUGCAUGAUCCUUGUAUUUGUGUUGAUAAGUCUUUAAAAGCAUCCUUUAAUUCUUCAAAAGUUGGGCUUGCAGUUGUUGAUAAUGUUCAAAUAAGUGAAACCUUAUUAACCUGAUAUUCAUUUUAUAGGAAAUAUAAAGUUGCUGUCCAGAAUGCCUUGCUUUUCGGUGAAAAUAUAUAGUGUGCUGUGAUUCCAUGCAGUAUAGUUCUCUUGCUAGCGAUGGAGGUUUAGGCUUUGCUACAGCUGGAAGAUAGUGGUAAUAUUCUUAUUGGGAUAAUAUGCUGUUGUACAUGCAUGGAGAGAAAGACACACACACACAGACGCAGAUGCAGACGCAGACGCAGACACAGACACAGACACAGACACAGAAGCAGACACAGACGCAGACACAGA